GAUUAAUAUUUUAUAUAUUUCAUAAGUAAUCCCAGUGGUUGUACUAUUUUAUAUAGAUAUUUCUGUGAUUCUCGCAGUACCCGCUCAAUUUUUUAAACUUAUUGUGCAGAAACUCUGGCAGUAUUUGCAGUGGAGCGAUUGCCUGGUCCCACUGGCUGGCUGCAGAGGUACAACAACUAAGGUUGAAAUAGAAAACAAACUGCAAGUGAAGAAAUAGAGAAGCGCCAGAAGAGAAGAGCCAUUGCCAAUUUUCGUUUUCCGUUGGCCAUAAUCGUUGCAUAUUGCUUUUGGCCGUGCUAGUGUUGCAGUGUGUGUGUGCUGGUCCAAAGGAAGAGGGGAAACGCAUCAAACUAGAAUCAAACUAACAUUUUCUUUGGCAGCCUGGAAAUCUGAUAUAGCCGGGGAUCAGAAUCGGAAUCAGAACCAGAUUCUAUAGCCGGAGAGGAGUCCACUGAAUUCGCAGCAAUUAUAACUCAAUGACAGCAGCCGAGCCAGUCUCCACCGACGCCGCCCCCAGUUAACGAACGAGAGAGACCCCAGGCGCGCGAGGGAGGAGUGGAGGAGCGACUCCGCUGUGGUCCUGGUCAAGUUAAGAGGACCACGAUAAGGACAGACAGGAACAAGACGAGGAAAGUCGACCACAAGCUACUAUCCUGCUGCCUGAGAUUGCCGGAAGGAGCUCCGCUUCACCCACAACAUGGUGAAGACGUUCCAGGCCUACCUACCGUCCACGAACCGGACCUACUCAUGUGUUCACUGCCGCGCCCACCUCGCCUCCCACGACGAGCUCAUCUCGAAGUCGUUCCAGGGCAGCCAGGGACCGGCCUACCUCUUCAACUCGGUGGUGAAUGUCGCCUGCGGGCAGACGGAGGAGCGGGUCCUGCUCACCGGGCUGCACGCCGUGGCGGACAUCUACUGCGAGUGCUGCAAGACGCCGCUGGGCUGGAAGUACGAGCACGCCUACGAGUCCAGCCAGAAGUACAAGGAGGGCAAGUUCAUCAUCGAGCUGGCGCACAUGAUAAAGGAGAACGGCUGGGACUGAAAGACGAUGGCUGGUUCGGUUGAAUGGCUCGGUUGAAAUCACCAAGGACGAAAGGACGCAGCGGGAAAGCAGCGAGUUCACAUACCAGAAACAGAAAAUCAAACAGUACGAACCACAUACACGCAUGGCCAGGCAGAUCGGAUCAGACACAGAGUGUAUCAAAUGGCUAAAGUCUGGGAUUGGAAUUGGGAUCGGAGCUGGAGCUGGAGCUAGAGCUGGAGCUGGCACUGGAAGCGGCGAGCGACGAGUGGGAUCAGGGACUGGCCAGGAGCAGCAGGUGCAGCCGGAGCGGUUUUAGCGAUCGAGUUUUAGGGUACCACAUUAUAUAUAUGCUAUUUUAUAGUGCAUAACUCGUCGUAUCUUAUAGAACAUCCAAUCAGACAGACACCCACAUACAUACCACAUACCACACACCACACACCACCAACAACAAACUACAAACUACAAACUACAAAACUACAAACUACAUACAUACUUACAGCUCGAUUGGGAAGCUGGGGAAGAAGGAUCUCUGCGCUGGACGCCAUCUAUCAGCCAGGCUUGAUAGGACUCUCAUACUUUCAUUUGGGCUCAUUGGGAUUUUGAUUUUUUUUUUUUUUUUUUUUCGUCUAUUUUGUACGUGUUUAGUUCACCCUCGCACCGUUUGGCCCCGCUUGCAAGUUGCAACUGAUUCAGUUGAGUGUUCUGCCCAAAACCCACAUACGACACUAAAAAUAAAGCAAACUUGCACUGCCAAUAAACAGAGAAAUGUUUAGCAAAGAACUGCAGGAAUCAUUUCGACCAUCCAUGGGGGGCAUGCGACGCGAAACACACUCCAGCACAUCCAGCACACACACCCAUUUCUACACCCACCCAACACCCCACACUCCACACCCCACACCCACUCUCACUGUAGUAGUUAUUUAAUACUAUAAUUAAAAUUAAUUAUUUAAUGCUGGCUAGCUUGAAAGAAACAAAACACAAGCCCGGAAAAGAGAGAUAAACUUUAAUAACAAAUUCUAAUGUUGUCGAUGGGCGAGCUGAACAAUAAGGACGUCCUGGCCGCCAGAUGGACCGACCGAAAGUCCUGGGCGUCGUCCCACUGGUGGCCUGGCCCUCUGGCGGCCCGGACGAGGGGGAUAUGAGCGGGCGGGAUAUGAAAGAAAUUAUAAAAAUACAAGCACUCGAGGUGCGAACUUUAAGAGAAUAAAAUACACAAGAAUUAUAUACAAAACACAGUAUAUGUACACAGUAUAUAUGUAUAUUUAUAUAUGUGAGAGAUGCGUAUUUAUGUCGCAAAUAUCGUACGUUAAUCAAAUCUAAUCGAUGGAAGAGGACGGGCGGAAGGAGUCUUAGGGACUCCUACCAGGACGAAGGUAGCGGACGGACGAGCGAGGCGAUUUUUAAAGCAAACGGAUUAUGAAAAUGUAAAUGCAAAAAAUAACUGCCAAGAACUAUUCAAGUUAAAUGAUGUUCUCUAAGUAGUUAUGUAAUGUAUCUGAGGAAUAUAUUUUGUGGUAGCAUUAAAUUAAAUACGAAACUAAACAAGCGAGCAAGUAACGAAUCAACAGAGUUCAAUAAAAGCCAGAUAAGCCCGAAGCUAAAAAAAUACAAUAAUGAAAUCGAGUUAUGGAGUCAAUAGUAAAAUAGCUUUCAGUUUUCAGUGACUACAACUGCUUAGGUUCUCGUAUCUAGUAUCUCUAUCAAUUGGCCGUACUUAACUCGACACUCGACACUCGACACACUCUGUAUCUUUCCGACCUAAGGAGCUGGUUUUGGAGAAGCUUUGAGCUUUGUUCGAUCAUUUAGGCAUUGACUACUGUACUCCAUGCAUGUGAUGCACCAGAAACGAAACAAGAAAACAAAUUUUGAAACCAAAACCAAAAACCAGAGAGCAAACGAAGGAAUUCAUACAAAAAAUAAUUGAAGCGAACCGAUGUUAGUAUUUACAUACAUACAUACCACUAUGUACUUCACACGAUGUGCAUACUAUACAUACUUUCAUGGGCAUACGACAUACAUAUGUUACAUCCUAGAACGAGACCACCUUUACAUCAAAACACAUCCGACAAGUACAGUCACUCAGAAGAUAUUAUAUUGAAUAUUGAAUAUUAUAUUGUAUACACACAGAUCGUACAUCGUACAUGCAUUCUAUGUAUUAACAAAUCUCAAUUCAAGAUUGCAAUAAAGCGCAUUUUUAGCUCA